UUCAUCUUUUUAGUUUUCUCCCCGGCCCUCAUCCCCUUCUCUCAGAUAAAACGACGGCUCCUGUAAGUUGACCCCCCCCCCCCCCCCCCCCCCCCCCCCCGACACUGAGGCUAACCGAAAGCUCCAUUGAUAACUGCCGGCUUCAAUCUGCAUUCAUCACCCCCAGAGCUGUCCGUUCGAUGCCAGAUUCGUCCGCACAACAACUCAAACCCUUGAUUGUGUUGAGUACAGGUCUAACUCAGAGAGGAGUUUAUGUUCUUGAAGGGUUUCUUUGGUCUUAUGUUUCUAUAUACUUCAAUUGUCUAAUUUCUUGAACCCUUAAUUCCAUCUCCUUUCUACAGGCUUUUAAUGCUCGCACAAUUAUUCGGCCAAAGUCUGCACCUUUUCAGUUAACUGUACAGGAUUGGAGUUUGACAUCUAAAGUCAAAUUCUUGGUUACAUUCACCUGUCUGUUUUUUCCUGAUCAACCAUUGCCAAUGGCUAAUCAGCCUCAGUCAUCCUUAGGAUACUCACCAGAUACUGCUCAGCCCCCUCAUCAAGGUAGCCACUCUCCUAUCCCAGAUCCAAUACUCACCUCUCCUACUUUGCCUUCAACAUCAGCCCCCAGAUUUCCUCCUCCGCUAUUAGUACAACCAAAUCAAGUUCACUCUCCAUCUAUUAAGACUCCUAAUAUUCAUUCACCAUCCAAUGGAAUUAGAACUGGUAGCCCCCGUCCUCUACUGAGCACUCCACCUGGACCUCCCGUCUUCUCCUCACCACUUCAACCUGCAUCUGUACCUUUUCGAACUUCUCCAGCCACACCUCAGCCUGUUGCAUUCUCUUCAGGCUCGUCUCUACCUACAUCAUCCCCUCCACAUUUAUCUAAUGGGUCUCUUGAGGAACUGCAACAGACUUCUGCUGAUAGAGAAGAAUGGACAAAUUCGACUGAAUCUCCAAAUGUUCUAUUUUCAGCUUAUAAGGUGCUGAAACAAAAGAAACUAGCAAAUGUUCCAAGUUUGGGAUUUGGUGCAUUAGUUUCCCCUGGCAGGGAGGUAGCACUAGGUCCUAAUGUUGUUCAACGUGAUACCAUUCGCUGUCAUAAUUGUGGGUCUUAUGCCAACCUUUACUGCAACAUUUUGCUUGGGUCUGGACAGUGGCAGUGUGUGAUUUGCCGUAAUCUGAAUGCAAGCGAAGGCAGGUAUGUGGCUUCUAGCAAGGACGAGCUUCAUAAUCUGCCAGAGCUAUCAUCACCUUUAGUUGAUUAUGUUCAGACAGGGAAUAAAAGACCCGGUUUCUUCCCAGUGUCAGAUACUAGAGUCUCAGCACCAAUUGUUCUUGUCAUAGACGACUGUUUAGAUGAAUCGCACCUACAGCAUCUGCAGAGCUCCUUGCAUGCAUUUGUAGAUUCUCUACCGCCAACAACAAGACUUGGAAUCAUUUUGUAUGGCCGCACAGUGUCAGUCUAUGACUUUUCAGAAGAAUCUAUAGCAUCUGCCGAUGUCUUUCCUGGUAAUAGAUCACCAACACAGGAAUCUCUAAAAGCAUUGAUCUACGGGACAGGGAUAUAUCUCUCACCCAUGCACGCUUCACUCCCUGUUGCACACUCAAUAUUUUCAUCCCUGAGACCCUAUAACCUUAAUAGUACACCAGAGGCUUCUAGAGACCGAUGCUUGGGCACUGCAGUGGAGGUUGCACUGGCAAUACUUCAAGGGCCUUCGGCUGAAAUGUCAAGGGGAGUUGUUAAGAGGCCAGGAGGAAAUAGCCGGAUAAUUGUCUGUGCAGGUGGACCAAACACAUGUGGUCCUGGUUCAGUUCCUCACUCUUUUUCUCACCCAAACUAUCCUCAUAUGGAGAAAACAGCAUUGAAGUGGAUGGAAAAUCUUGGCCGUGAAGCCCAUAGGCAUAACACAGUCAUUGACAUAUUAUGUGCUGGCACGUGUCCGGUUCGAGUGCCUGUUCUGCAACCUCUUGCAAAAGCUUCUGGUGGUGUUCUAGUUCUCCAUGAUGACUUCGGAGAGGCAUUUGGUGUGAACUUACAGAGAGCAUCUGGAAGAGCUGCAGGUUCCCAUGGUUGGUUGGAGAUCCGCUGUUCAGAUGAUAUUUUUAUAAGUCAAGUGAUAGGUCCCGGUGAGGAGUCACAUAUAGACAACCAUGAGAGUUUCAAGAAUGACAAUGCGCUUUCCAUUCAGAUGCUCAGUGUUGAGGAGACUCAAAGUCUGGCACUAUCCAUGGAAACCAAGAGAGACAUCAAGAGUGACUUUGUGUAUUUUCAGUUUGCGUUUCACUUUUCAGAUAUUUACCAAUCUGAUGUAUCCAGAGUGAUCAGUGCAAGAUUGCCUACGGUGGAUAGCAUUUCAGCUUAUCUCGGUAGUGUCCAAGAUGAAGUUGCUGGUGUUCUUAUUGCCAAGAGGACACUCUUACGUGCUAAGAGUGCCAAUGACGCACUUGACAUGAAGGGAACCAUAGACGAAAGAAUUAAAGAUAUUGCCGUCAAGUUUGGCUCCCAAAUGCCCAAAUCUAAGCUGUAUCAGUUCCCCAAGGAGCUAUCUGUAUUGCCAGAACUCUUGUUCCAUCUUAGAAGGGGCCCACUUCUGGGUGGCAUUCUUGGUCAUGAAGAUGAAAGGUCUGUGUUGCGGAACUUAUUCUUGAACGCAUCAUUUGAUUUGUCCCUCAGAAUGAUUGCCCCCCGUUGUCUGAUGCAUCGAGAAGGUGGUACUUUUGAGGAACUACCUGCUUAUGAUCUUGCUAUGCAAUCCGAUGCAGCUGUUGUCCUUGAUCAUGGGACUGAUGUCUUCAUUUGGUUGGGUGCUGAACUAGAUGCUCAGGACGGAAAGGGUGCAGCAGCAUUGGCCGCUUGUAGAACAUUAGCUGAAGAGUUGACUGAAAUGAGGUUCCCAGCUCCACGCAUCCUGGCAUUCAAGGAGGGGAGCUCUCAGGCACGUUAUUUUGUUUCUCGGCUGGUACCAGCUCACAAAGACCCUCCAUACGAACAGGAGGCACGAUUUCCGCAGCUUAGAACACUGACGACCGAGCAGAGGACGAAGCUAAAAAGCAGCUUCCUUCACUUUGACGAUCCUAGCUUCUGUGAAUGGAUGAGGAGUUUCAAAGUGUUGCCUCCUGAACCUAGCUAGGCUGGUGCCUUCUAGGUAAUCAAUUCAUGAAUGAGUUACUUUAUUCACAGCAUGUGAAUCUCAAUGCUGAAACUCAAAAGUUCGAGGUGGCCUUGUCUGCAAUUCUGCAUUCAUUGCAGUGCUGGAAGAGACUAAAUUGUGCACCUCUUUGCCCGCAUUGAUAGUCAUUCACAUAGUUUUUUUGAGACAAUUGGUACCUGGUAUACUACUCUUCAUUCAUUUUGUAUUUACGGAAUUACAUUGUACAUCAAGGCAGAUGAAUAAGGUUUCACCCUACCUUACUAUAUGUUGCUUUUACCCGGUGACUAGUUUGGUGUUCAAGAGUGACAUGUUAUGUACAAGGUUAACUGGGCAUACCCCAACGCAACUAGAUAGGGGGCUUAUCCCCAUCUGGUAGCCACUUGACCACGCGUAUAAACGGGGUCUGAUUGUAGGGGGUAAGCAGAAAAUCUGGGUAAAGCCUAUAUACAAUAGCUUAUAUAUACAGUGGUCUUUAUCUUAAAAACAAGAUUGAUAACCGUCUGGGUGUCGAAAUGCGCUUCAUUUCUAGCUUUCCACAGCGUUAAUAUGGUGCAACAAAUGAGCUCUUCCAAACUUGAAUACUUGAUGACGCAAUGGUGCUCACCACCUGUGUCAAUGUGAGCCAGUAUUGGAUAGAAAGAACAUCCACUUCUGAUGCAUCUCAAAUGAAAUAAUGAAUAUUUCUUUCUUAAACUUUGUAUCUUCGUCCAUUACAUUUAAUGUGUCCAACACAUCUACACUUACAAUUUGAUUUUUUGUAAUACUUGAGAAAUCAAUAUAAAGAAAUAAAAGUAUGCUUAAGAACGACUUCAGAUCA